CGUGCGCAAAGGAUUGUGGGAGUCUGAGGCCUGAGGAUGAGCGACCGCCCUUUGAAAGCAGCGAGACAAGCCGUCCUGUGCUACAUGCGUGGAAGGAAUGGUCACGGUAAAACCACCCGCUGAAGCACUAUAAACCCCCUCCAGACAAUCAUCAAUACGACAAUGGCGGCUGAAGUUGGAGGAGGAAGUGAGUUCCCCGCUCAUUACAAAGCCAUGAUGGAUAAGCUCAACGAACAGCGACAGUUGGACCAGUUCACAGACAUUACUUUGAUUGUAGACGGACACCAGUUCAGAGCACAUAAAGCCGUGUUGGCAGCGUGCAGUCAGUUCUUCCACAAGUUCUUCCAGGAUUUUACCCAGGAGCCUUUGGUGGAGAUUGAAGGGGUUAGCAACAUGGCAUUCCGGCAACUGAUGGAGUUCACGUACACUGCCACGUUGGCCGUAGCGGGAAAAGAAGAAGCCUACGAUGUGUGGAAGGCUGCAGAAUACCUCCAGAUGCAGGAAGCCAUCAAGGCGCUCAGCAACAAGAUCGACGAAACUCCUUCAGGGACGGAAAAGCGUAGCACUAGAAAAAGGAAGUUUACAGAGACGUCUUACGUGAUUGCAGAAGCCCUGCCCACAGUUGAACAGGUAGAGGUAGAGAUGAUAGCGGAUGGUGCCAUUGCGGUGGAGGACACAGGACUGGAGGAGGUAGUCGAUGUGGCAAACAACGCCCAGUCAAACGACUCGGCGUUGGCGCUGCUUGCUGACAUAACCAGCAAGUACCAGCAGGGGGAGCCUUCACUGCAAGUAGUGAAGAAAGGAGACAUUGAAGAGGAAGUCCUCUAUCAGGAAGAAACAGUUACAGCUUCUAAAGUGCUCGAGAAUGUGGAGGUGGUGGAGGUCCAAAUAUCUCAAGUGGACAACACAUUUCGCUGUAGCAAGUGUGACCGCAGCUUCAAGCUGUACUAUCACCUGAAGCAGCACCUGAAAACGCACCUGGGCAUGAUGAAAAAGCAGCACGUGUGCAGCCACUGCGGCAAAGCCUACACGCGGGAAGGCGCCCUCAAUCAGCACCUGAGCUCAUUCCAUUUCGAAGCAGAGGAGCUGGCCCAAAAUCAGAAAGCCCAAAAGAGAGUCCAUGUUUGCGAAUACUGCAAGAAGCACUUUGACCACUUUGGACACUUUAAGGAGCAUCUGCGAAAGCAUACUGGUGAAAAACCAUACGAGUGUCCAGACUGCCAUGAAAGAUUUGCAAGGAACAGCACACUCAAGUGCCAUAUGGCCGCCUGUCAGAACGGAGCGGGGGCCAAGAAGGGACGGAAGAAACUCUAUGAAUGUCAGGUGUGCAACAGUGUAUUCAACAGCUGGGACCAGUUCAAAGACCAUCUCGUGAGUCACACUGGAGACAAGCCCAAUCACUGUACCAUGUGCGACUUGUGGUUCACUGACCCUAAAGAGCUUAAGGGCCACCUCAAAGACACUCACUCCAUUGAGGACGACCAGUCGCCCCAACAGAUGGUGGUCGGCGACACCGCGGCGCUCGCCAUCACGACGCAAAACAUUGAGGCAACGGAAACGGUGCUGUUGGACGACGGCAUCCAAGUGGAACAUGUCACGAUGGACCCCAUAGAAGUGAUGGAGAUGGAAGAGACCACCACAGUAGUGGUGGAGGACGGAGGCAUGACUGAGAUGUGUGAGGAGGACAUGGAGAGACUGAAGCAGGCCGGCGUGCAAAUCCAGGUGGUGCGCGUGUCCUCUGGUGACGUGGAACAGCAUAUAAUCUGCCCUCAAGUGGAAGUAGAGGUGGACGGGGAGAUGCUGAAUGUAGACGAAACCAUACAUGCGGUGGUUGUAUGAAAAUAUACAUCAGAUGAGACUUACUUUGAGAACUGAACACUGCAUGGACACUGUACAUCAUCAAAAUAUCCUCUUUUUUGGCAUCCUUCUCAACGCUCCCCCUGGACUGCUGUGUAUUUGCCAUGUACGAAAGAAUACCGUAUUUUUCGGACUAUAAGUCGCUCCGAAGUAUAAGUCGCACCGGCCGAAAAUGCAUAAUAAAGAAGGAAAAAAACAUAUAUAAGUCGCACUGGAGUAUAAGUCGCAUUUUUGGGGGAAAUUUAUUUGAUAAAACCCAACACCAAGAAUAGACAUUUGAAAGGCAAUUUAAAAUAAAUAAAGAAUAGUGAACAACGGGCUGAAUAAGUGUACGUUAUAUGACGCAUAAAUAACCAACUGAGAACGUGCCUGGUAUGUUAACGUAACAUAUUAUGGUAAGAGUCAUUCAAAUAACUAUAACAUAUAGAACAUGCUAUAUGUUUACCAAACAAUCUGUCACUCCUAAUCGCUAAAUCUCAUGAAAUCUUAUACGUCUAGUCUCUUACGUGAAUGAGCUAAAUAACAUUAUUUGAUAUUUUACGGUAAUGUGUUAACAAUUUCACACAUAAGUCGCUCCUGAGUAUAAGUCGCACCCCCGGCCAAACUAUGAAAAAAACUGCGACUUAUAGUCCGAAAAAUAUGGUAAUGUAUUUCAACACGUUUCAUCAUAUCACACAUGUAAGUAAAGCCCUGUGAUUUUUUUUUUUUUUAAUUUGGCUCGCUGGUAAAAUGGCGUGGCUUCUCAUAUCAAACCUAACACACAAAGCGCUUGGCAGUAAUGUUACACUUUUGAUCAACCAGAUUGAAUGAUUUUUGUAGGAAAAAUAACAAUAAUAAAUUGUUUACAGAAUA